AUGAGGAUUUAUCAACCGACCUUAUUAUCAUUCACCACCGUCGUCUUACUCUACACAUCCGCCGCGGCUCCCGGCGGAUCACGGCAACUUCUGUACACCCGAGACGACCCUAUAACCAUACCACCGUACCUCAUAUUCGAAAACGUACGGCUCGAGAGAGCUUACGUAGCGUUACAAGCGUGGAAACGUGCCAUGAUCUCUGACCCAUGGAACCUAACAACUAACUGGUUCGGAUCACGUGUGUGUGACUACAACGGAGUAGUAUGCUCCUCAUCUCUCGACGAACCUUUGGUUAAAACUGUCUCCGGCGUCGAUCUAAACCAUGGAGAUAUCGCUGGUCACCUCCCUGAAGAGCUUGGCCUCUUAACCGACAUUGCUCUGUUUCACGUUAACUCGAACCGGUUCUGUGGUACUCUCCCGGUCGGGUUUUCGCAGUUGAGUCUUCUUUUCGAACUCGAUCUUAGCAAUAACCGGUUCGCUGGUAAAUUCCCGGAAGUUGUAAUCGGUUUACCGAAAUUAAAGUAUCUUGAUCUCCGGUAUAACGAGUUCGAAGGUGCAUUACCAGAGUCUCUCUUCGACAAAGAUCUCGACGCUCUGUUCUUGAAUAGUAACCGGUUCGUUAGUAAAAUCCCGGUUAACAUGGGAAAUUCUCCGGUAUCGGUUCUAGUUCUUGCGUCAAACCGGUUUGAAGGAUGUAUACCGACGAGUUUCGGUAAAAUGGGUAAGACACUGAACGAGAUCAUUCUUAUGGACAACGGUUUACAAUCUUGUCUACCUAACGACAUGGGGUUGCUUCGAAACGUUACCGUUUUGGAUAUUAGUUAUAACUGGUUGGUCGGAGAGUUGCCUAAGUCGAUGGGAGCGAUGGAGAAUCUUGAAGUGUUGAACGUUGAGCGUAACAUGCUCUCUGGUGUAAUACCUGAAGAGCUAUGUGCACUUGAGAAGCUAAGAGAGUUUAAAUAUGGUUCUAACUAUUUCACUGGAGAACCAUCUACAUGUCGUUAUCUAGAGAAUUAUAAUUAUACUAUGAAUUGUCUCAAGGAUGAGAGAGACCAAAGAUCGAUGAUGGAGUGUAAAGUGUUCUUGUCGAAACCUAUAGAUUGUGACUCUUUCAAGUGUGAUCCUGUCUCUUCGUGUUUUACUCCUCCUCCUCGUCGUCAAAUAUCACCAUCAUUGGCACCGGCACCGUCUCCAACUCCACCGCCUCCGGCUAGACCUUGUCCACCGAUAUACUCACCGCCUCCACCACCACCACAAGCUCAACAACCGGUGGCUCAGUUGAUGAACUGA